AUGGGCGUCGUGGAGUGGACGCGCGGGCCGGCCAUCGGCAGGGGCUCCUCGGCCACCGUGUCCGUCGCCGUCGACCGCCGCACCGGCGCCGUGCUCGCGGUCAAGUCCGUGGGCGCCGGCCGGGCCGCCGAGCUCCGGCGCGAGCGGGCCGUCCUCCGCGGCCUCAGCUCGCCCUACGUCGUGCGCUGCCUGGACGCCGAGGACGGGAGCGGCGGCGGCGGCCUCGACAUGCUCAUGGAGUACGCGCCGGGCGGGUCGCUGGCCGACGAGAUCAGGCGGUGCGGCGGCCGGUGCGCCGAGGGCCUCAUCCGGUCCCGCGCGCGCGACGUCCUGCGCGGGCUCGCGCACGUGCACGCCGCCGGCGUCGCCCACUGCGACGUCAAGGCCCGCAACGUGCUCAUCGGCGCCGACGGCCGCGCCCUGAUCGCCGACUUCGGAUGCGCGCGCCGGACGGGCAUUGCCGGCGAGGAGCCGCGGCCGACGGGCGGCACGCCCGUGUUCAUGGCGCCCGAGGCCGCGCGGGGCGAGGCGCAGGGCCCGCCCGCCGACAUAUGGGCGCUCGGCUGCACCGUCAUCGAGAUGGCCACCGGCGCCGGCCCGUGGCAGCGGUUCGCCACCCCCGUCGCGACGCUGCACCACGUCGCCUUCUCGGGCGAGGCGCCGGAGCUCCCGCCGUGCCUGUCGGACCAGGGCAAGGACUUCCUGGCGAGGUGUCUGCGGCAGGACCCCAGCGAGAGGUGGACGGCAGAGCAGCUGCUCGAUCACGAGUUCGUGGCCGUCGACGCCGCCGCCUCGACGUCCAAUUCCGUGCCAGGGGUCACCGAGAAGGCCACGUUCGUGUCCCCCAAGAGCGUGCUCGAUCAGGCCCUGUGGGAGGACGACGACGACGACACGGCGGCAGACACCGCCGAUCCCACGGACAGGGUGCGCGCGCUGGCCGCGGGCGCGCCGGCCGUGCCGGACUGGACCUGGGACGCGAGCUGGAUCACGGUCCACGCCGGCCCCAGCGUCGACGACGACACCGAACACGAGCCAGCAAUGCCGCCGGAGCAGCCGGAGGCGGGCACGGACACCGACGCCAGCGACUCACCCGCGGGCGGCGGCUCCGCCGGGGAGGCGGGGGCCUCGAGCAGCCAGCACGCCGCACAAGGCAACGGCGAUCGGUACGAUGGCACGGGCAGCUGUAACGGCGGGCGCAGCGAUGAUGGAAAUCACGUGGUUAGCGAUUGCAGUACCGUUCCAAUCACAAGCAACGGAUUCUUUUCCGAUCCCAUGUCAUGUUUCGCUUGUCCCAAGUCCCGCCCAAGCUGGCCGGCCCGGCCCGUUUAUUACAGCGCCACCAUGCCUACCUUUCUUCCUCCCGCGUCGCCAUUAUUGGCAGGAGUGGUGAGUACUCCGGCUCCGACUUAA